AUGUCCGAAGCCGAAGGUCGCAGCCACGCCCGCUCAGCCGUCGCCGGCGGUUCUGGCGCCCAACCCACUCCAGCCAACAACGUCGGAGGCAACAACUCCAACGAUCCCAGUAGCACCCGCAACGAAGGCACCGGCCACGUCGCGGCUCCCAAUCUGGCCUCCACCAAGGGAAGUUUCCUCGGCCUGGCGGAUCAAAAGUCCCGAGCGGAGAAUAACUACAUGGCGCGUGCGGAUGAGGCCGCUGAUGGCCGGCCUCUUGGCCCGGGAGCGGAGGGGACUUGCGCGACGGAGGAUCACAGCUUCAUGGCGCAGAAGCCGGGAACUUCGGAUACGCUGCCUGGUUGGAAUGCGGUCAAGAGUGUGAUUGGGAGGUAA